CGCGCCCUCGUAAUGUAUCCAGCGUGUAACCCGUCAGAAUCUCACACGAACCUAUUUUUAACCUCACUUUUGUACCAAACAAAGCAAAGUUAGGAGGAUAGUAGCCCGCGCUGAUCCACGCCGCGCGGACCCGGGAACCUCGCGGGGCGAAUAUUUUUCUUACUUAGCGUCUAAGCGCGGGAACUUGCUAUCCGCCCGUUUUCAAUUCGUUUUAAUUAAAUUCAAUAUUUUUCACCCGCGAAUUGUGCCCAUUUUUCUCCGCGCCGCAGCGUCCCCCGCGCGAUAAUAGAAAUAAAUUAAAAAAAGGGUUCUUUGUUGUUGUUUUUUUAUCUCGUGCUGCGGUGUCUUGCCCGUGCGGCGCCUCAGGAUUCUCCCUCGUUUCGAGAGUGGACCUAAGCGGUGAAUUUACCGCGCUCGUAGUUAGUUUCCUUGAAUUUAUCUUCGCGUGGAAGUUUUAAUAAAGCCUGGAAGGAGUUGCAUUUCACCGUCACUGAGGAGGAGUACCCUACGUCAAGAUGUCUCAGAAAAGUCACAGGAACCACAGUCAAAAAUCGAUUUCACGCAGGCGAAACUCAUCGCUGACGAGAGGCUCGAUACAAAAGAAGACAAAUGAAAUCCCUAAAAUGAAAGAGAGGGCGAGACUCCUGCAGAAGCAGAUGAUGUUUGAGAGGAGGAUCCUUUUCGUGUGCACAGGAGUCAUAGGUAUUGCAGCAAUUGUCUGGUUAUUCUCCAUAACCACACCCUACUGGUACUGGAUCCACAAAGGUGAUUUCAAGGACGGCAUCUACGUCAACGAAACUAAAAGGUUCUUCCAGGCGAGUCACACAGGGCUUUUCAAAGUAUGUCGAGAGGCUAUAGGCAACUCCACCGUCAAAGGGAACGUCACCAUCGUGGAAAUCAUCGAUGCGGCCAACUCAACGUCCAAUUUCGAUGAGGAGCUAACUACGAGCGUGGUCAACGAAACGAUGGUCCACUCCCCUUUACGGCACUUCCGGAGGUGUAAAUUUCACAACGUUUUUCCCACUGACAUGCAACUCAAAGCUGAUCCCUCUUUAGAUAGAACGAUCAUCAAUUACAUUCGAACUGAAAUGAUCUUUUCAAUUGUGAGUCUUGGUAUCAUGAUAAUGGGCUUCAUGUUCUCUAUUUACACGUUUAGAAAUCCUCGGUACAUGUUCAAGAGGCUUGCCGGUGGUAUUCAUUUUAUUUCAGCCCUGACGGUACUGGUUGUGAUCGAGGUGCUGAUCAGCUCACUUACGCAUAUCCGGCAGAGCUUGCCGUAUGCCUACCCGCGGCAGGCAACGCAAAGCUACGGCUACUCCUUCGUCCUGGCCUGGAUCUGUUUUGGCCUCAAUAUUGUCGCUGGAAUUGCCUUCAUGUGGUACUCGAAAAAGCGGAAAGGACUCAAGGCUCCUUCUGAAGAGGUCGCCAUGGCUGACCAGCCUACCAUCAUCGGACGAUAAGCGCACCGUAUCCGGAGACAAUAUUUUUCAGAGACCCCGCACUUUCAAUCUGAGCUGUGUCAUCAUCUGAGGCACAAGUUAACUUUGGAGAUCAACAGCCUUCCUUGUUUAGUGAAGAUUCUUGAUCGAUUUUUCGAGUAUUUGAUCAACCUAAUGAUGACUGAGGAAUGUUAGAUUUAGUAGUUUGCAAUGCAAGUUUGUCAAACAAGGUCUGAGGUCUUCUUUGUUUGACAGACUGCUCAACACUCAAUGAAAGAUGAAUGUCGGAUCGAGUAGUGUGUAGUGCUUGUUUGUCAAAUUGUCUUGUUUCCUCUGCGUAUUAUGCUCGACACUCGAUGAAUGAUGAAUGUCGGACGGAGCAGUUUGCAAGGCAAGUUUGACAAAUUAAGGCUUGUUUGCUGCAGAUUUUCCUGAGCACUCUGGUCAUCUGAGCAUCAGCUCUCGUUAGGUUUAUCUGAGUUUGACUUCGUUAAAUGCUCGUAACGAACACAUAUAUAUGAGGGAGAUAGGAUUGACAGGUCUCUGAAAUCCACUGUCUCUGUUUGCAUCGCUCCUUGACGGAACCAAAGAUGAACACGUUUUUCAACGAGGAGGAUAGCUUUAAAGUCAAGAAGCGUACAUAAUCGAUAAUUCAAAAAACGCCCUGCGCUUCCUCUUCGGAAAAAAUGGACUGUGCCGCUGGUCUAUGUGACAUGAAAACUGCGGAUUUUUUGGUGGAAGAAAGGUGAUUCUAUAGACAUCUGGCACGUAGUUUCGCUAAUGCUUCAAUAUGUGAUAGAACCUCGGCAAGAGGUAUUUGCGUGCAAAAAAAGAUCAAAACUAAAGUAUUGGUUUACCACUGCAUAAAAUGAUAGACGAGCAAACACCGAAGAAAGAAAUUACGGGCUAUACAGACACACCGUCCUUUCUGGGCUCAGAGGCCGAGCUAUAGCUUCGAUUGAUCCGGGUGCUACGCCCGGAAUUUUCGGCCUCUAAACCCAGAACGCGGACGGUAUGUCCAUAUAGCCUGUACGUACAGCUUCCACGGCUGGAGUUUUUUUUUUUUUUUUCAGUGUAUCGGCUCAAGAAACGCUCCAAUUUGUCCAAUCUUCCUAAUAACGGGUUGGAGUUUGCAAUUUGAAAAUCGAAAUUUGGAGGUGCAGUUUUUAAAGAUUUUAAAUCUUCUCAGUUUAUGACUAAAAAAGCCCAUGGUGAAAUGUUCAUUUUUGGGCGGUUCUUGGAUUUGUUAGUAACUGACCUAACAAAGAAUAUUCUUUUUUCGAGAAUUUCUGAAACUGAGUCUCAAAACCCAGAGAGAAACAACUGGUAAAAUAACCAUCAAAUCGUCAUCUAGUAGUGUAGCUAUUCACCUCAGGCCCUAAGAUUUCAAAUGUGUUAAAGGGCUCAUUUUGUAUUUACCUUCAUCCAUUCCACAGAUCGCACAUGCACUGAUUCUUUGCUCAUUUUUAUUCUUAUCUGUAGGCAAAUGAGUGGUUUAUUUUGUACAAUGUGAAUAUUAUUACUAAAAACCCUC